AGUGCUUUCGUCAUCGGGCAAGUGCUUGAAUGUCCCAGGGAAGUCUCCAAUCGUCCUGCGUUUACCUCAGUUUAUCGAUUACUAACGCCCUGUUCGCGAUAUUAUUGACACCUUAGAGAUCCCCCAGCACUAAUCUAUCACUUUAGCUGGACUUAAUAUUUGCCUUUAGUGUCCCUUUAAGAACCGAAACUGGCUCGCUUAUAGCCGCGAAGCCAAAGUCUAAAGCCAAUCUUAUGCUUGCUGGAGGGAAAACAUUUGUAAGACUUCGACCGGCACGAUCAGCCUGCGUGAUUCUCGGUGUCUUGUUGUUGAGGUUCGAGCUCAAAUGGUGAAUUGUAUACAUCGGUGCGAAUUUCCCAUUUGAAAUGGAUUUGGUAUCUUACGGCACUCGCCAUGAGGCCUCUACGGAGGCAGUCCUGGAAGCCCUCCGAGAUAGCAGCAAAGGGAAGCUAGUCUAUGAAACCCACUGGCCUUCGAAGAAUUGGUGGCAGGACGUCCUUCAGAGCAAGCCCGUGGUAUAUGUGGACAAAAGACUGUUGCCGCUCCGGUUUGACUAUGACUGUCAGCAAAAAGACGCCGCUGACGGUCCUGCUUCACACGAUGUCACGCUGAGCGACCAAAGUUCCAGCGAGUCGCCAUCGGACAACACGCAGUCGCCGAAAAGCGACGACGCCCAAGACCUGUACGCAUACGUAAUCGGCUCGGACUGCGACGUCUCCAUACACCAUUACGAGGAAGAACGACUGAACAGCGUCAGGAAUGCUAUGAGGAAACGGAUUGCACAAUAUGAGCAGCAGAACCGUCGUUGGGAGGAGCAGGCCAAAAAACACCUCAUGCUGAUUGAGCAGAACCAGGCACUCGAGUACCAGAUGCAGUUGGACAAGCUGAACCAGGAGUACCUGGAAGGGCUUCGAGAGCUUGCAGAGAAAAGCCAAAUGACGCGAGAACAUCACCAGAGCCACGUGCGGCACCUGAGGAACAAAAUUAAAGAAGCUGAGCUAAAGCAAAAGCAGCAGGAAGAGGAAGAGAAGAAAAGGGAGGCAGAGUCACAGCAGCGGGCAGUGUCAUUGCGCUGCCAGUGCCAGGAGAUGGAGUCCACGUUGGCGUCGGUGCGCAAGGCUCUUGGGGAGUGCCCCUUUGCCUCGUUCCUCACAACCCCCGUGGAGGACCACCAAGGCCUGCUGGACCGCAUGGCCCGACAGGUGGCAGCCUUUGGCACGCUCACCUCUGUCUCACGUGAAGAUCUCAGCCGGGUCCUUGACUUUGCCACACAGCUCAACACCCUGGUUCACUCCGUUGUUGCUGAUGUUGAGCAAGCCACCAAGAAAGGAAUUGCGGCACAGAAGCAAGAAGUUGUGCAGAAGACGAAAGACACAGAGGCAUGCGUGCCAGAGGCAGACCCCAGCGCUCAACCGCCUGCACCAUCGCCAGGAAACCUGAGCCAGGUGGAAACCAGCCAGCUGAAGAGGCACGCCAGCAUUUUGGACAGACUGGAACAGUGGCAGGCUUCUUACAAAGAGCUCACCCAAGACAAAACACACAAGAAGUACUGCUUCGACCUUCUGAAGGCAGUCACAAUCCCUGUGAACGCACUGGCCACUUCGAGCUCGGUAAAGGAAAAGCUCGAGCAGCUGAGCUCCCUGCUGUCGGGCAAGCCCUUCAAGUCUGGGCCUCGCACAGUGUCGACCACGUCGCAUCCGCUGGCCCUGCGUUUCUGCCUCGACAGGCUUGCGGAGAAGAUUGUGCUGCAAGGUGAAGAGCAGAUCCUGUCCAACGAAGACACUGCCUUUCCUGUGGCAGCGUUAGCUGUGGGCCUCUGGUGUCGCUUCCCUGACCUGGGCGACCUUCUGCUCGGACACUUCUACAUGCGCUGCCCUGCUCUGGUGCCCAUCUUCUUUAGCCGCAGCGUAGCUGCCUCCAAGAGUGAAUACCUUAGGUUGUGUGGCUACAAGUGCACUGAAAGCAGCCUGGAGUCAGAGAGCCAAUUUCUGAGGCGCAUUACGGGUCUUGUGCGCCUGUACGCCGCCCUGCUGCAAACGCCACUUCCCCCCUGGCAUAAGCCUGCCAAUGGCGACAGGUCCCGUCAGCCGCCAGGGUCAGAGCGUGGCUGGCAGUGGAUGGCACUGUGCCUGAACACUCCAAUCGAGGACCCCGACUUUGCAGCCACGCUGAUCUGCACUUUCUUAGAAGUAGCCGGCUGGGCGCUGGUGCGAGACUACGGCCGCCAGUUCCGCAAGGUCCUGCACACGCUCUGUAAGGACUACUUUCCGCGCCUCAAGCAGCUCGUGAAGACGUCGAGUGGGCCCAUUUCACGACUGGAAGGGCUGCUGCAGCAGGUGCUUCGCAAGGGACACUUGGCUCAGCCCGAGGCAAGCCUUGGUGCCAGGGUUUGGAACUGAGACGAAGCUGUUGAGCAUGUGUUUCCAAAGGCUACACGAAGACACCUGCAGAGUGACCUCGACAGACAGGAUCCUGCUUCGUCCCCAGGUCCACCUCUUUUCUCAAUUGUCAUCUCAUUGAGGCACGACAGCGACAAGACGCUCAUGCCAAGCUACUUGCUCUCUGUCAUUACAGAGGUGAAUUUGUAGUGAUGGUGGAAAAGAGGAUGUCGGAUGGCAAUGACCAACUAUAUGUGUAGAGUGACCACUGCUUCCACACGAAUGAGCUUGCUUAUGGUUGGUACUGUAAGCAUGCACCUUUCACCUCAGAGUAGUUGAUACAAGCAGCACCUUGACACAAUUGCCGGUGAAUGUGACAAGUAUGCACAUUCCAUGUGUGCAUCACGAGUUGGAUAUCCUGCAGGCAUCAGUGAAGUCCUUCGGUGGCUUCAGUGUACAUUACCUGAAGACUCGGCACGAGACUAUAUUUUUAACUGCUAUGGUUAGAACUAACACUGAAGGGAAGGCAGCCUUGGACAGACAUGUUGCUUGUGGUGAUGAAGUAUUACUAGCACUACUAAGGUGAUGUCCUCAAUUCUCAUCUAAAGUAUAGUUCAGCAGAGUGAGCUGAAUGUAAAAAAUCAGACUACUGAUUACAAUUUUUAAAGGCUGUAGGUGUUGCAAAAAAUGCUUCUAGCACUUCCAAUGCAGCCACCAGGCCUUUUCUUGUAGGCCUGGGUAACACACUUGCUUUUUGUGGGUAGUUUUUUAUGGGUUUUAUAAGUGCUCACUGGAACUUUUUUUCAUUGUUCACAUAUAGUGCUGAAAUGUGCCUUUUAUGUUAUAAAUUGUACAAUGUAAUUGUGAAUGGCAAUGUUAUUUUCAACUUAAGUGCAGAGUGGACAUUGUUGGUCAUUUACUGCCGUGGCAGUACAAGCCAAAUAGCAUUCAUGCAUUGACAUUGUGUGCGACAAGCUAGGCAGGUGGACGUCGUGAAUACAAAUGGCUGUGAUAGAUUAUUAGCCAAGUUUUUCUGCCGAAUGACAUGAUGUGGCAAUACAGGUUUUAUGUUUUUACACUCGUUAACCAAAUGCAUCGCAGACACAAAUUCGAUUCAGGACAUAUUCAAGACAAUGAGAAAAAUCAUUAAACUUUUCUUAUUUAGGCCACAUCCCAGAAUAUGCAUAGGUGCUGAUCAUGUGCUUAUUCCUGUUUUGUCCGACUUGUAGGUAGUGCAGUGAGGCACGCUAAUAAAAUUACAUCUUUGAUGCAAAGAAGUGAAUUAGAGCUGACAUUGCAUAUGGUUGCAUUUGAAAGCCUUUGCCUCGGUGGUUCCUGGAUUUUCUGCAUUCCUGCCAAGUGAAGUAUAAGUGUAGCCUCACAAUGGCUGCACUGUCUGUUAAAGGGACACUAAAGGCAAAUAUUAAAUUAAGCUGAAGUGAUAGAUUACUGCUUGAGAAUCUCUACGGCGUCAAUGUUAUCGCGAACAGGCCCUUAAUAAUCGAGAAACUGAGGUAAAUGGAGGACAUGAUUAGAGACUCCCCCGGGACAUUCAAGCACUUGCUUGAUAACCAAAGCUCUCCUCAAUUGAAUUCUGUGACUAGUACUCAACCACUUAUUGCAAAAAAAAAAAAACUAAACAUCAUUGUAUUGUAUCAUAAAACGAAAUAAAAUGCUAGUUGACCAGUUCUGUUUCAUUUUUUAAAAAAAGGAACUAAUUGAAAUUAUCCUUGACGACAUAGCGACCUAAAGGUUUCGUUUUCGCUUGACUUCACGCCACCCACGCUUUCGCGUUUCCCUAGUUUUGUUAUCGCAUAGUGCUGCGCUGGUUUUUCUGGCUCGCGAAACUUGAACAAACUGCAAGCAGCAGAGAAUUCAACUUCCGCGGGAUGCCCGAACGGUCUACGCCACUUGAUCAAAAAGCAGCGGCAGCGGCGAAUCCACCGCUCUGUCUUGGCUUGGUGCCGCCGUCUGUCGGGCGCCAAUUUAGUCACCAGGGGCAGCAAAGGGUGGUGAUGGCGUAUGCAACGUCACCACUCCCCUGGCUGGGAGGCGGGAGAUAUUAUUUUAGAAAAAGGUAUCUGGACCCUUCAGGUACAAUUUCCUCGUAAACCCAGUCCUUUCGUGGCACGAAACAAGCAUUGCGAGGUUUCUGGAAUGCUAUUUAAACAGUCCACAUCAACUUAUUAUUUGCCUUUAGUGUCCCUUUAAUCAGAACAAAGUGUGAAGUGGUGUUAGACUGACAUUUGGGUCACUUGGUAUGGAUGCACUUAGGGUUGAAAAAGUGGGACAAGUGAGGACAAAGAAAGACAGCUAGUACUGCUUCCACCCUCUGUCUUGUAUUAUCAAAUGUUCGGGAUGUAGUUUGCUUUCUUCAUCCUCGUUUGUUGCACUUCCUAACUCUUAACAGUGUGAACUGGACCAGUAGUCGCGCACUGAUAAGUGGGCGUACCAAGACCACACCUGGCAUCAAUGCAUCACAAAUGAGGCUGUGUGUUUUUGCUCAUUGGAUGCAUUGAUUUCCGAGUUUGCUGCUCAGCAUAGGCAUUUAUAGUAAUGCUGACAUCGCCGAUGCAAUUGACACAGAGCACACUUUUGUUGUUUGAUUUUGUCGAUUUGCUUCAUGAUCACCUCCACCGCUGCUGAACACAGGGUCGAGAAAGAAGUGCACGUCUUGUCAUAAUUUGUGAAAAAAUUCUUAUAUUGCACUGUUUUGUAUGCUCGAGCACGUCACUGUGAAAUUAGCGUUUUGUGCUAUUCCGCCUGCCAUCAACGUGCAACGUUUACCUUGUUAUUAUCACUUGCUUGUACAGGGCCAUCCAUUACAAAAUAAAGAUGAAAUAGAAAUGUUUUAGCAAUAAAGGUUUAGAAAAACAUAAAAGUAAAGAUGAACGCCAGAGGUCUCCCCUGUAUGUCAAUUGCUGGAUUUUGCAACAAAGGACAAACAGGUGACAAAUGAAUAACAAUGUGAUGUUAUUCUUAUAGUUGUGAUACAGGGAAGUUUCUCCUGCAAAAGCUUGUUGCACCUGUGGGCUCAAAUAAAGGUCCCUCGUGUCUCUUGGAGACAUGGAUUCAUCCAGC